UACCUCCAACUCUCCCUCAGCCUCGCCGUCUCCUUCAGUGUGUCGAAGCCGAAAACAGAGCACCAUCCCGGGGCAAACAGGCUGUCAAACGAGCUCCGCGCGGCAGUCAUGGCGGCGCCGUUAGCCCACUUCGACGAGGACUGGCAGGACUUUAACGAAUUCAAGCCGUCCUCCGCUACGGCCGAGCAGCUGGACCAGCUGAACUCCAAUGUGGGCGACUCGUCGUCGGGCCUAGACGAUUUCUCCGACCUGGACAACAGUUUCUCCGGGGAGCUCUGCAGCUUCAAAUCGAUGGAGGACCUCGUCCACGACUUCGACGAGAAGCUGACAGUGUGUUUCCGAAACUAUAACACCACAACGGAGAACAUAGCUCCCAUUAAGCCCAUCACGGAGGAUAAUUACUUGAAGGACGACGAGGUUUGGAACACUCUGACAGAUAAUUACGGCAACGUGAUGGCGGUGGACUGGAAAACAUCGCACACGCGGUCCCUACACCUGCCCACCCUCAACCUCACAGAGCACGAGAAAUUGGAUAACCAAUCUCUGGACUUGUCGGACGAUGAGGAGCUGAGGGAGCAGAUGGACAUGCACUCCAUCAUUGUGUCCUGUAUUAAUGAUGAGCCUCUCUUUACAGCCGAACAGGUGAUAGAGGAGAUAGAGGAGAUGAUGCAGGAGUCUCCAGACCCAGACGAUGACGACAGUCCGUCACAGUCUGACCUGUCUAUGCUCUCUCAGGACCUCCACGCUCUCAAACGCUCAGGCUCCAACACCAGCUACGAGGACCGGCUGCGUCAGCUGUCUGUUUCGGAGUUGACUGAGACUCUGGAGGAAGUGGAGUCGGCCAUCCGGCGCUACAGUGAGGAGCUGAUCCAGGCUCUGGCCCUGCGGGAUGAACUGGACUAUGAAAAGGAGGUGAAGAACAGCUUCAUCUCGCUGCUGAUUGACGUGCAGAACAGGCAGAAGGAGCACCGCGAGCUGCUGCGGAAGAAAAAGAAGAUCAGAAGUACGACAACAACAGGGCCCAACGGCCAGAGGACAGCCAGCACGCACAUACCCGGCACGUAUCUGACCACAGUAAUCCCGUAUGAGAAGAAAGCAGGCUCCCCACCAGUUGAAGACCUCCAGAUCCUCACAAAGAUCCUCCACGCCAUGAGGGACGACAGCGAGAAGGUGCCUGCCCUGCUAACAGACUACAUCCUCAAAGUUCUUUGUCCUACGUAAAGCCAAAGGGGAGCACCCUGUUUCCAGAACCUUCCAUCGCACCAUCAAGAGGGUUCUGGUAGUCCAGAAGAACUGAGAAAGCAGAUAACAAACCCAUGAUUUCCUACUACUUUUCAAUACAUAGACUGUCUUUCCUUGGAUAUUUUCCUUUUCUUUUAACUUUGCCAAUUGUUGCGCUCAAGCUUUUUAACUCUAGAUAUAACUCCUCGGUCUGUAUACUUAUUUUCAUUCAUAAUAUUUUACCUUUUUAUUGCCUGAGUGCUACAACACUAUAUCCUGACUGCAUGAUGACUCGUCUAUGGAUGCCAGUUAUCAGUAUUAAUCCAACACCUUAUUUCUUAAAUAGCCAGUGGCUCCUGUAUAGAAAAAGGUCAGUUGAUUUUGAAUCCAAGGGCUUCAUCAGGGAGGAAGGGAAAUGCAUUGCAAUCUCUGUUUUGUAAAUCAAAUCAGUGUAGUACAUGCCUGAUAGAUAAAUAAAGACCUGACAGACUCUCAAAGAGUCAGGUGUGUGGCGGUAUCGGGCAUAAAUCCUGUUUUUCCUGAAUGGAAACUUUGGCUUCUAUUGCAUUUGUUGAUUGGUUGCGUCAUACAAUGAUUUGGAGUUAAAAUCUCUGCUUGCUGAGGAUCAAAAAGCAAACCCUUUAAUUUAAAUAUCUGUGGUUAUACUGUCCAUCUGUCUUUGCAUGCUGAUUUCAGGGUUUAUGGUCAUUAUCUGUUAGCUGAAUGUUAAAAUGAAAUAUUUUGUAUAAGAUUAAGAGAAAAUUG